CGGCUCAGCUGCACUUCUGUCCAGACGCUCAGCUCUCCAUCAGACUUCCAAAGCUGCAAUUGGCGCACGAAGAAGAAACAGGAAUGGAGACUGCAUCUCGAGUCAUUUCAUUUCCCUUGCUCAAAGAUCCUGACAGCUACACACCUUGCACAAUCAACUAUGAGAGGGAAGGGGUGUCGAAAGUGUGGUUGGAUGUCUUCCGCAGGAGCAUACCAUCGUUCAAGGCUCGGGCAGCCGCUGACACCUCUGUGAAGGACGCCGACGUCAAGGCGACAAAGUUUGCUUUGCGGUUUGGAGAGAUUCUAGACGAUCUGGAGAAGGACCCUGAGAGCCACGGCGGACCUCCAGAUUGCGUUCUUCUUGUGCGGCUCCGCGAGCAAGUGUUGCGUGAGGUUGGGUUUGAGGACAUCUUCAAGAAAGUCAAGGCGGACGAGAACGAGACAGCUCUUGCUCUGCUACCCGAGUUGCUCAAGGAUAUUGACGGGACGGAGGACAAGGGAGCCCGGUUCGAAACGGUCGUCAAAGGCGUGUUUGCGGGGAACAUUUUUGACCUGGGGGCGGGAAAGGCGGAACAAGAGGCGGGCAAGCUGGACUUCAAAAAGAGCUUCGCAGAGUUGCUCCCGCGGCCAUGGGCCAUCGACGACUUCGACGCGCUGAAGGAGGCGUGGCUGGCGGGCCCUCCCCGGUGGAGCAAGGCCGUCGUGUUCGUGGACAACUCGGGCGCUGACGUCAUCCUGGGAAUUAUACCCCUGGCGCGGGAGCUGAUUCGGAACGGGACGCGGGUUGUUCUGGCGGCCAACGACCUGCCCUCCAUCAACGACAUCACAUACGAGGAGCUGAGCGACAUCGUGCAUAAGAUUGACGACGAGCCGUUGCAAGCGGCGCUCGACAACGGGAGCCUCCUCGUCGUCAACUCCGGCAGCGACCUUCCGGUUCUGGACCUGACGUCCGUCUCCCCGGAGCUUGCUUGGGUCGCCGAGGACGCCGAUCUAGUUGUCUUUGAGGGGAUGGGCCGGGGAAUAGAAACCAACCUGUAUGCGAAGCUGAAGGUCGACUCCCUGAACCUAGGAAUGAUCAAGCACAAGGAGGUAGCGGAGUACCUCAAAGGGCGAAUGUACGACUGUGUCUGCAAAUACACACGCGUUGCCAAGCCUGAAGGUGGUAGCGGCAGUAAUCCAGAUUCAGUGCCGUCUCCCAAGCAGCAUGUUCUUUCAGGCUACGAUUGAUUGAGGGCAGCAUGCAGACGGUCGUUCGGAAUACUUUACAAGCACGCGUUGGACGUUUGAUUUCUAAUCGAUGAAAAAUAAAGGUUAACUGACAUCCAGCCAUGUCAUAUAUCCCAACAGCUGGAGCGAAUAAGGUCGAGAAAGGCGUGACGCUUGUUCCUAUCUUCAAUGCAUAGCCAAUGUCGCGACGAGACCGUCCCGAUCUUUGACUAAGACGGUCGCUUUGUGCCUGGGCGCGUCAGGCCCGAACUUUAUCGAUCUCAGAGGAAUUCGUAUUCGUGCAAGCAACUAGGUC